UGGAUGAAAUAUGUUAAGUAUUUAGACGGUGAUGAACCGUUACUCAGUGGGUCAGGCAAUGUCAGCAAGGAGAUCACAGAUGAGAACUUAUUGGAAGCGUGGAGGGACGUACUGAAGAAAUGGCACCAGAACCUAACACAGAAACCCAAACAGGUGACCCAGCUGUCCAGAAAGGGUGUUCCAGAGGCCCUGAGGGGAGAGGUUUGGCAGCUGCUGGCAGGGUGCCAAAACAACACGGAGCUCCUCGAGGCAUACAGGAUACUCAUCACCAAGGAGAGUCCGGGAGAGGCUGUGAUUCAGAGGGACAUCAACCGGACAUUUCCGGCUCACGACUUCUUUAAGGAGUCCGGGGGAAUAGGCCAGGAGUCCCUCUUCAGGAUUAGCAAGGCAUAUUCAGUGUACGAUGAAGAGAUUGGUUAUUGCCAAGGGCAGUCAUUCUUGGCAGCAGCUCUACUUCUUCAUAUGCCGGAGGAGCAGGCAUUCAGUGUGCUCGUGAAGAUCAUGUUUGACUACGGUCUCAGAGACUUCUUCAAGAACGACUUCUCCGUGUUACACCUGUCCUUCUACCAGCUGGAGAGACUGCUUCAGGACCACAUGCCGGAGUUGUUCGACCACUUCCUGCAGAUGAACCUGGAAGCCCACAUGUACGCCUCCCAGUGGUUCCUCACACUGUUCACGGCCAAGUUCCCACUGUUCAUGGUCUACCAUAUUCUGGACGUCUUCCUAAGCGAGGGCAGGAAUACGCUGUUCAGCAUCGCUAUGGCCCUUCUGAAGGUGUCGCGUAAAGACCUUCUGGCUCUCGACUUUGAGGGCAUCCUGAAGUACUUCCGGGUCCAGUUACCCAAGAGGUUCCGAACUGAGGAGGCUACCAGUGAACUCAUGCAGGUUGCCCUGAACCUUAAGAUCCGCGGCUCGAAGCUGAAGAAAUAUGAGAAGGAGUACCAGGCCAUCAAAGAGCAGGAGAUGCAGCAGGAAGACCCCCUACAGAGAUAUGAGCGUGAAAACAAGCGUCUGAUGGAGGCCAACAUUCGUCUUGAGCAGGAGAAUGAUGACAUGGCCCACGAACUGGUAGAGAGCAAACUGAACCUAACCAAGCAGUUAGACCAGAGUCAAGACCUGAGCGAGAGUCUGACACGAGAGUUAAUGACGACCAAGAAGAAGUUGUUAGAGACGGAGGAGGAGAAACAGAGACUGGAGACUGAGUCUGCACAGGUGAAGGAGAUGUGUAGACGGGAGCUUGAACGAUUGGAGACGGACAAUAGUAGAAACUCUGUGAUUAUCACUGAUUACAAACAGAUAUGCUCACAGCUGAGUGAAAGACUGGAAAAACAGCAGACGGCUAGCAAAACUGAGCUCCGGUCAAUAAGAGACCAGGUCAAAGGCUGUGAGAACUGUAGCAAGUUGUUUGAACCUGAUGGUACGGUUCGAAUACCCGAGCCAAAAGUUGACCCAGGAAGUUUGAACCCCAAAAUUCUAGAGUUCGAAAGACACAUUAGGGAACUAGAGUUGGAAUUAGCGCAAACGAAACUGGCAUUAGUGGAAUCGGAGUGUAAGACUCAGGAUUUAACGCAUCAGCUAACGUCGGCGGUGACGGAAAUUCAAGCCUCGAAGAGCACGUGGUUUUCAAAGAUUCAAAACUCAAUAAAGGAGGUGGCCAGUACGCAGAAGAAGGACUCUUCAAAGGAAAUGCAAAGGAAAGAUUCCACGACAAAGGAAUGAAGUGGAUUUUAGUUAGAUGUGUUUGUGUUUGUGAAACAUGGCACAGCUUUUUUCUGUGAAAAAUUGCAGUUUUUGUCUGUGAAAAAUUGCAGUUUUUGUCUGUGAAAAAUUGCACAGCUCUUGUCUGUGUUUAUUUAUGUUUUAAAUCAGCUUGGGGGGGGGACAACUUUUGUGCGAAAAACUGUGAAAAGCCUGUGAUGGAGACAAAUGCUGCUUGCGCAAAUAAGUUUUCAGCGGAACAUACGCAAAACAGUUUUUGUGGGGAUUUUUUAGAAAAAGCUUAAAUUAUUGUUCAACUGCAAAUCCUAGAUUUGUGUUAAUGUUACCACUAAGCACUUUUGGUGAAGAAGUUUUUAAUUGUCUUAGAGCUGUUUUAGGUUCAAAUGAUGCUUGUUCAAAUUACUUUUGAGGGCUGAUAUUCAUACUGUUGGGCAUAAGGAUAUUUAAAGCAAUUGUCAUUUUCCAGUGCUGUACAGAGUUUGUUUUUUAAUUCAAAGAGGAACCGAUUACUAUGAUUCAAAACCAUAUUUUCUUUAUGAUUCAACCUGGAUAUUUUUUGGCACCAAAUAAGGUUGGCAUGUCAUGUGUGUGUUCUGGCAGUCACCAAGCUACUUAGUGAAACCAUGAUCUUUAACCCUUCACCACUUAGAUACAUAUUUGACACAUUUGAAGUCCCUUAGAAAAUAACAUUUAAUUAAGACCUUUCCUACUAAAUUCAAGUUGUAAAGGCUUCAUUUCCAACCCUUAGAUACCAAUGAGCUGCAAACAGCAUAAAACCUGAACAGCCUGCGAGUAACUUGCAGGCUGUUCUGGUUUUAUGCUGUUUGCACAUAAUCAUUUUCACUUUGCUUCUGAGUGGGAAAGGGUGAAUUUUUUGUUAAAUAUUUCUGUGAAUUACUGGUACAGGACAGGUGAUUUAGGACUUUGUUAGGAAAUAUUCAAUUAUGCCUCAAAAGUAAGUCUUUCAUUCAUAUGUAAUGUCUUUGUUUAAGAAGCCUUUACAAACAAAACCAUGUAGGUUAAAACCUAAAUGAUGUUCUAUCAUCGUUUCCAUCAUUUCUUUCAUCAGUACAGAUCAGCACAAAUUGGUAGUUAAAACGCUUGCGCUAGUUUAUUUUAUUUGAGCAUUGUUAGAUUAGCCCGUGUAGUCAGGGACAACACUUUCCGCUUUUUUUUAAGCUGGGCUGUUUUUCGGAGAAAAAUGGAAGUAUUGUCAUUGCCAGCUCGUCGUCCUGCAUCUGCUGUCUGGCGUCUGCCAUUUGCCGUCCCUGUUGUGCUAAAACUUUGACAUUGGCUCUAAAAUCAAAGUGCUUCCAUCUACAACUUUGAAACUUCAUAUGUACCUGCACCUUGAUGAGGUCUACACGCCAUACCCAUUUUUGGGUCACUAGGUUAAAGGUCAAGGUCACUGUGACCUCUCAUAUAAAACUUCCUACAAGCUUUCAUUUAUUCAAAACUGCACUCGCAGCCAAGCAUUUGCACCUGCUAUGCAGUGCUCCUGUUUAAUUUUUAUAUGAAGGAAGUCUGUUUUAAUCGAGAAUCAGGUCUAUGUAGAAAGUGUUGUCCCUGAUGGCAUGUAAACACUGCACAGGCUAAUCUGGGGUGAUACUUAAUGCACACGCAUUAAGUCCCAUUUUCCCGGAGCGUGGCUAAAUUAUUAUAAACUCACUUGAGUAAAAAAAGAUGUUUAUAGAGACACUUUUCUGUGAUGAACCACAACUGUGUGACUGUAGAGUCUUGAGGACCAACCGUUGCUUGUUUCCCUAAUAAGGGAUAGAACUCUUGACCUCUUGAUUGAAACGUUCACACCACAUCUUUAAACCUUUGCCACUGAGAUAGGUAUUUUGACGCAUUGAAGUCCUUAAGAAAGUUGAAUUUGAUUUAAGACCUUUCUUACUAGAUUCAAGUUUUAAAGGUUUCAGUUCCAACCCUUAAAUACUGAUGAGCAGCAAACAGCAUUAAACCUGAACAGACUGCGAGUUACUUUGUACAUAGCAAUUUUCACUUUGCUUCUAAGUGGGAAAGGGUUAAUCAAAUACGCCAUACAUAGGCUUUCACUUUGUAGUUAUAUAACCAGGAGUAUAGUAUGACUAUGAAUUAAAUGAACACCAAACAGAUUACUCCAAAAUGCAUGUGUUCAAACUAAAUAGUACAUCACAUUCUUAUCAAAAUAGUAAACAUUCAAUGUGUACCACAACAAAUUAACUUGGCAUUGUAUAUGGCAGAUAUUUUGUCGCAGAUCAAACUAAUGAAAGAAUGGCUCUAUUCAGUCACAAUUGUAUUUAUUGAUUAACACAUAAACAGUGCUUCAAACAUUGCUGACAAUGUCAUCAAUAGUAAGAACGUAAGAACCCUUUUACGGGUAUACAAUUUCUAGCAAUAUUUCUUGAUUCAAGUUUCAACUGAAUAUUUUCUCUUGUUCUUCUGCAGGGCAAAGCUAGUUCAUUGCCAGCUGUACUGAAAACAUAUCACAGUUUUAUUAUGUUUAGAUAUUCCUUAAUUGUUUCAAAAUUAUGUAAUUUUUAGGUAUUACUUAAUUGUCAAUCUCCUCAUUUGAAGUCUUUCUUGUUUCUAAAUUGAGUUCAUCUUUGUUUUUCAAAUAAGCAUUAUAAAUUUUACAUUCUGUUUGUUAGUGGUUGUGAAUGUAUGUAUUAUUCUGUGCAAUACGUGUGUGUACUUGUUCAUACAUCAGUUUUUCAACCAUCCGUGAUAUUCAAAUAAUGUUUUUUUAUGCCCCCAAAGGAGGGCAUAUAGUGAUUGCACUGUCUGUCUGUCUGUCCGUCUGUUUUUCCAUCACACUUUUGAGUUUAGGUUUCGAAAAAUGCUCAUAACUUUGAUGUUGCUUCAAAUGUAACCUUCAUAUUUGGUAUGCAUGUGUAUUUGGACAAGGCCUUUCCAUACGCACAAACAUUUUGACCCCCUUGAACUUGGGGUCCGCGUUAAGGUUUCAAAAUAUGCGUUUAGGUUUGAAAAAAAGCGUUUUUUGGGGGCAUAUGUCUUCCGAUGGAGACAGCUCUUGUUUUUAAAGUAAAUUAUAAUCGGGCUGUGCUCCGUGAAAAGGGGGUUUAAUGCAUGUGUGUAAAUAUUCAUCCCAGAUUAGCCUGUGAAGACCACUAAUCUUGGACGACACUUUCCGCAUUUUGACGACGAAGAGACUUUCUUUAAAUGAAAAAUAUCAUAAAAGUGGAAAGUAUUUGUCUCUGAUUAGCCUGUGACACUUUACAUACAUGAAUUAAACCCCUUUUUCACAGAGCACGGCCCAAUUUGUUAAAAACAUCUCCACUAAACACUUGUCAAGUCUUCAACAAGUCAAUAUACUGAUGAGAUUGUAAGCUGUUUUUAGUUCUGUGUGUGAAAUCAUUCUCUAUUCAUGAAAAUAAGUCAGUAAUGUUCCUCAUCAGCCUCUGUGUUUCGUGUGUACUUUCUUGGAAAGUCCUAUCGUAGUUAACCACAAAGUAUCUGUGUGAAUAAAACUUAAACAUGCUCACAUUCUGUCCAGUAUAAACGCCCUCACAAUUGUUUUUCCACAUCUCAGACACUACCUGCUUGUUAACCCUUUCAGUGCGGGAACCGAAUUUUAAAGGCCUUUGCAAACAGUUUGGAUCCAGAUGAGACGCCACAGAACGUGGCGUCUCAUCAGGAUCCAAACUGUUUGCUAUUCUGAUAGUAUUCUUUGAAAAAAAAUAGAAGAAAAUGCUAAUUUAAGAAAUUCUGCAGACGACAUUUUAGCAGACGACAAAUUUCCCAGCAUGCAAAGGGUUAAUCUUAUGACCCAUUCAAAAGCCCACUUAUACCAAAUUAAAAUUCAUAUUCGCACUUGGUGGAAAUAUUAGGAUUUACUGACCCAGUGUGCGGUGAUGAUGAUUAUAAAAUUAUAGAAAUAUUGCAUUUGGCUUUUUAUUAACACAAUCACAUGUUGCAAAUAUUUAAUAAUAACAAGUACAUUUUUGUAUAAAUAUACAGCUUUCUUAGGGUGCCUUUGCCAGUGAGUAUCUUUUUAGCUCGGCUGUUUUCGGAGAAAACCGAGGUAUUGUCAUAGCCAGCUCGUCGUGUCCGCCGUCCUUGUCAAGGUUUGUUAAGGUUUUGAACAUUGGCUCUAAAAUGAAAGUGCUUCAACCUACAACUUUGAAACUUCAUAUGUAGAUGCACCUCGAUGAGUUCUACACGCCACACCAUUUUGGGGUCACUAGGUCAAAGGUCAAGGUCACUGUGACCUCUAAAAAAAAAAUCUGUCAAGCUUUAAUUUAUUCAAAACUGCACCUGCAGCUGAGCCUGGCACCCGUUAUGCGGUGCUUAUGUAAAUUUUACUGCUCAUGAAUAUGCAAUGGUUAGCCCCCUAGCCCCCCACCUAAAUACGCCUCUGUGAAUAUGCAAUGGUUUAUUAUGAAGCAUCUGGUGCAGUACUAUUUUUUGCCUAAUUUGCAAAAUAUUUUUAAGACGUUUGUGCAAUUGCUUUCAAUUUAAAAAUAUGAAAAGAUGUAUGUGCAUUUCCUCGCAAUAAAAAGAUAUAUCAUGAUAUAUUAUUAUAUCUUUAUAUGCUUUUGCUUGAAAUAUUGUAGGAGAAAAUUGUGUAAAAACGACUAAACAAGUGCAUUAAUCUGCCUCCACUGUAAAAUCUAUGUAAGCUGCCUGUUAUUAACUCUUUCAGUGCUGGAACCGAAUUUUGAAGGCCUUUGCAAACAGUUUGGAUCCAGAUGAGACGCCACAGAAUGUGGCGUCUCAUCAGGAUCCAAACGGUUUGCUAUUCUGAUAGUAUUCUUUGAAAAAAUCGAACAAAAUGCUAAUAUUACAAAUUCAGCAGACAACAUUUUAGCAGACGACAAAUUUCCCAGCAUAAAAAGGGUUAAUAUUGUUCAUGCAAUCCCUUUUUUAAAGCAGAAUUUACGUUGACUUAGGACGGUGGAAAAAUUUGGUAUUGCCUCACACGUUGAAGUAUGUCUGACAAAAAAAAGUUAAAUGUAUUUAAAUCCCUUUUCUGUUGUUGUGUUUUGAAUUUGCUUUUGAUAAAAAUGACUGCCUGUGUGUUUAAGUAUGUAGAUAGAAACAUUUUAACUGUAUUUAUGAUAAAAUGUGCAAUGUUGCAUGUGAAAAUUGGAUACAUGCAUUAUUUCCAUUUCUUAUUACUAUGGCAUUCACGUAUUUUGUUCAAUAUGUAUAGUCAUUUGAAUGUUGUAUAUAUAAUUGAUAAUCAUAUAUUUAUGCACGUUUUGUAGUGUUCUGAACAUUUUUAGCUGACCUGAGCUGACAGUUCUUGUGGUGAGCUAUUGUGAUCAUUAUGUCCAGGGUCUUAGGUCGUCAACUUUAAGCUCGGCCACAUUUCUCAUCCAGUCUAGAUGAAACUUGCUCAGAAUGAUUGUUGUGAAAGUACAAAAUGUAUGUAGGCUGAGUUUGAAUCUUGGUCAUUCUAGAGGCCAUAUUAAUGCUUCAAUCUCUAUUCAACUGUGUAAGAAUGUCUAUCUAGAGGCCAUAUUUAUGCUUCAAUCUCUAUUCAACUGUGUAAGAAUGUCUAUCUAGAGGCCAUUUUUAUGCUUCAAUCUCUAUUCAACUGUGUAAGAAUGUCUAUCUUGAGGCCAUAUUUAUACUUCAAUCUCUAUUCAACUGUGUAAGAAUGUCUAUCUAGACAAUAUAUAUGCCCCAGUCAUUUGUGUCUAUGUUACUUCUCUAUAGGCCAUUUUUAUGCUUCAAUCUCUAUUCAACUGUGUAAGAAUGUCUAUCUAGACAAUAUAUAUGCCCCAGUCAUUUGUGUCUAAUAACUAGGUCACCAGGUCAAAUUGAAGAAAUACCCUGGUUUCACUGUCGAGGCCACAUUUACUACUCAAUGUUUAUCUUAACAAUAUCUAGGUUGAGUUAAAGUCUGGGUCACAUGUUUUAGAAGGUCACCAGGUAAAAUCUUACAAAAAAACAUUGUGACCACUGUAGAGGUCACAUUCAUUAUUAAAUCUGGAGAGAAAAAAAUGUUAUCAGUGUUUAUCGUGACAAUAUCAAACCCAAGUUUAGAUUCUUGGUCAUGUUUUUCUUAAAACAAGGUAAGUUUGUCAAGUUUUAGAAAAACUAUGUUACCUCUCUAGAAGCCAUAUUAAUGACUCAAUCUUGAGGUAACUUGAUCAGAAUGUUUAUCCUUACAAUAUCAAGGAUGCAUUCAAAUAUAUCAAGGAUGCAUUCAAAUCUGGGUCACAAAACCGUGUUAAAUGUUAUAUAUGCUACAAUAUUACUCAAUCUUUAUGAAACUUGGUCAAAUGUCAGUUAUUUACGUUUUAAGCUGGGACAUGUGUGUCUAAAAUCUAGGUCACCAGGUCAAGUUUUGACAAUAUGUUUCCUGGAACUCAGAUGAGCGCUUUAGGGCCAUCAUGGCCCUCUUGUUGUUUAUUUCAAAAUGUGGUAUUUCAAACCAUUUUAGUCCAGUAAUUGUUAAGUAUUUCAAAGCAAUUCUUGAGAUAUAUGAAAAUAAAUGUUGUUCAAUUA